AUGGGGGUCAACACCCGCAAACCGAUCCUUCCCGCCCCCACAGAAUCCAUCAUCGAUACCACGGGGGACAGCGCAACGGGCACAGAUCUGGCAACUGACCUUUCUCGCCGCACAGACAAAACGUCGUACUCCAUCCCAGACGACGGUAGCCCCGUCACUGUCUCCACUCGGCGACAGCGGGAACGCGAGGAAAAAUUGUCUCGAGCUCAACACGACUCCCACACCUCAUUACUCAUCGAGUAUUUCGAGGGCGGCAAAGGUGCAAGCGGCAUUGUCUCUCGUCCUAGUGUGCGAGUGCGUGUAACCCCAUCGUCAGCUAGAAAGUCCAGGGAUAAGAAAGACCACUUCCAAAUCACCGAGUCAAGCGGAAGCCACAGCCGCAAACCGUCAUAUACCCACCGGAUAUCCCUACCAUCAGCAUCCGCAAAACAAAAGCAAUUGGAAUCGGGAGCGGAUGACCUGAGCUUUAGUUCGAAUUCAGCUGAGGAAGAGGGUCAUUAUUCGUCACGUCGCGAUCCGGUAGAUAUCGAAAUUGUGAACCGCGGACAGGGUAGCGAGAUGUCUUCCAUCUCGCAAGAUAAUCGAUACAUGACCAACGCAUCGGAGGUUUCGUCCAUGCCGCCGGACAGCAUGAUCAACGCGUCGUCGGCUGGUCCCAGGCGGAAACGCAGCCAGAGUAUGGAGCGUGAUGCCGACGAAGAUAAGGGAUUGCUCAAGACCCCUCACCGACAAAGAAGUCGCAGUUUGAGUCAUGAGCGAAUUGCACAUCGCGUAGCAGAAAAGCUCACUGAAUCACCGCAAGAGGCUUCGAGCGGCAGACACAGAAGCAAGGGCGGCAAGGAUUACCUCGAAGCCGAAACAAAACCAUCCCGUCGCCGGACGCGCAAGUAUGCGGAAGAGGAUGUCACUAGUCCUGACUCAAGUAUUCUCAGCACAUCAGGAGUCUCUUCAAACCGCAAGUCCGAUCAGUACUCGGUUCGCUCCGGUGCAUCCAAGUCCUCUAUCAACAAUCCAAAGUUACUAGAGACGGUUGAAGAUGCGAUCAGAAGAUUGAUUCUACCGGAGCUAAAGGAGCUCAAGAAGGACCAAAAAGUAAUGACCAACAAGAACAAAUUCGAUCGGGACGUGGCUACAUCUCAUUCGUCCGGCACGAGCUCCAGAGAUGAGCUAGGUCGACGUCUCUCCAAGCACGCCAGUGCGCCGGAUGUUUUGCCCCAAGUUGUUCUGAACAAGAAUAGUAAAGACGAAGGCAUUGUUCUUUCUCCCGAGGCGGCCCCACGCAGUAAAGAGGUCAAGGAAGUCAAGGAGGUCAAGGAGCGCAAACCAAGCAAAAGCAGCGAAAGCUCCGAACUGGCGAUGAGAUGGGCCAAUCGACCCGACUUCACCGAACAAGACAAGAUCCGCAGGCAGAAGAGCAAGGGUCUCCGCGACGCUCACGCUGCUGCCCGAGUUGGGUCUGCUCUCACGGCGGCUUCUUUGAAACACCACGAUUCCAAUUCCAGUCUCGGCAGAAAUGACCGCCGCCGAGAUAGUGGCUCUCGGAAAAGUUCACGCAAGAGUACUGAGAGUAUGAACUAUAACGAAACCGAACUUGUUUUCCAGAAGCACAAUGUUGCGCCAAUGCCAAUGCGCAGCGAGAUGGACUCCGAGUUGACCAGAAACUCGCUGCUCUCGGAGCGAACGGCAAGUCCCACUCCCGAAAAACAAACCUCCUACUUCGACACUACUCGUGGAUCGCCGAGGCAGGCCAUGUCGCCAGCUUCUCGCACUCCUACUAGAAAUUCUGCCGACUCGCGUUAUGGGCUCGGAAUGCGCCAUGGCAAUCAGUCGCAACAUAAUAUCUCGGUGCACAGUGCUUCGGAGCGUGACCUUCAUCACCAGAGCCAAUCUCCUGGAACCGAUGGUGGUAACCGGGCAAUUGCAGCUGCAGCCGCAGCUAAUCUCCUUGAUGCCGCUCACCCCGGACAUCAUGAAACGGAAGAUGACUAUCACAAUGAAACCAACAGCCGCGGACUGAGCCCCAUUCAGAGUCUUGCAAGUGAUCAUACUGGGACUCGCCACGAUCAUUACUCGACUCACAGUGAUCAGCAUGUCGACGGCAAACAUGAGAUGGAGCCUCGACUCUCCAUUGACUCUCUGUCAUCCGCCCCCAGUACAAACCUCGCUAGAUCCACUCGUCAGGGCACUAGCUCACACAGCCAGAGUGCAAUUUUCAAGCAGCACAGCCAGGAAUCACCUGGGCUCGGAUACGAACAUUCGCGCCAGGGUUCCCAAGACAAUGGCUUCUAUGGCUAUGACGAGGAGAGCAGACGCUCUCACGACGAUGGGGAUAGCGAUGUAGACUUUAUGGAGAAAGUCAAAGAAGGCCACCGUGUGACUACCGGUGCUGCUGCUAAUCCCCAAUUUAUGCACCCGAUGCCCGUCGAAUCUGCAGUCGCUUCCUUGAUGGAUCCCUCUGUCCUUGAAUCUCAUGUCUCAUCGAACCGCUCGCAAACAGAUCUAAGUCAACGACCAGGCAACCGAAGCCCUGAAAAGCCAGGAAGUGAAGUUUACCGCGGAAGCCCUUUGAAGCAACGCCAGGAUGCUUUCACUGCCGAUGAGACCUCGUUCCCCCGACGCAUGGGUGUCACAUCGCCCCCUCAGAGCGUUACCCAGUCUUUGGAUGACAUCGACGACUCUGCUAUGAUGGAUGCCAAUGUCCCACAUGAAAAGCAAAGUCCUCACACAGACGCUGAAAGCCAAGUCUCAGAGUCUGAAAUCAACACCAACCCGUCCAUUAUACAGGGCCCCAUCGGUGGUGUCGCUCAGGCAGAAAACUGGGGAUAUGAUUCAAGAUCUCCGCCGCCGGAUCACUACUACGAUACCCAGAUAGGUGGAUCUAAGGGUCUCAAUGCCGAGCAGCAGAUAGGGCUUGACGCGGAAUACUACCAGACUGCCCAGAAUAUCUUUGGCGGCGAUGACUACUCUGCCCACUCUGGCGAUAACCAGGCCCGGCAAUCGUUCGGUACCCCUCCUGGUGCCAAGGAUGAAGGCUAUGUUUCGGCUGCCAACCCCAUGUCUCCCAGCAUCGGGACCCCGAAGCAAGCUAGUCGCGGCCUUGCGGGCGCGGAUGCCGCUGGAAUGGGUAGUUUCGAUAGUUCUGCUGGGGCAGACGAUCCUUUUGCCUCUGGUAAUGAGCGCCACUUCAGUGGCUACUCUCACGGUGUUGGCUCCCCACUCUACGACAGUGCUACCGGCCGAGGCAUCGAGAGAAUUCAAUCCCAGGACAUUGUGGCUCUUAUGGAUCAUUUGACUGUUCGAGACGCCCAGCGCAAUGCCAGAGAUACCGAGAUUCUGAUUACUUUGGUCCGAAGUGCUGCUGAGAUGCGCACUUCCUUUGAGCAGAUGAGGAAAUUCAUCGCCGACCAAGAUGAUCUCAUCAUGGACGGCGCUUGGUGGUCCCCGGCCAUUACCCCCAGUGGUUCUCGGGCUCGGCAGCUGAACGCUGAAGAGGAAGACAAGCGGAAGAACAUCUUCAAGCGUGCGCUCAAGGGAUUGAGCCUCAAGUCGGGCAGUGAUUUGACCAAGAUUGAAGGCAUGCUCGAGCACCUGCUUGACGAGGUUGAGGCCCUGCGAUCCGGACAAGAUGGCCUGAGCCCUCACGGUGGUACCAGAAUGGGAAGCAUAGAGCCAAAUGGGUACGAGACUCCUGGUCCAAACGGUGUACCUACCGAGACGAGCCGCUCGCCUUACGGGUCCGGCUCUUCUCGUCCGGCCAAUGCGCAGCGCAGAAAUUCGGACCAGCGAGUCAGCACCGUCCAUGAAGUUGACGAAGACCUUGAGCUUGACGAGGGUGACCAGUUUCUGACUUCACAUCUCCCUGUCCGCGAUGCGCCCCAUCAUGAGCGGUCGGGUUCAUUGCCGCUUGACACGCCUCCACGCAAGCCGGUAGUCACGUCAGCUCGUAGCACCGAGACAACCCCCAAGGCUCGCAAGCACAAGUCCAGCAGCUCGUCCAUUUUCCCGAAGAUCUCGCGCUGGUCUAAGUCCACGGCGACCUCCAUGGGCGACGGCAUUCGCAACAGCAUCCAGCCUUCCCGCAAAGAGCGUCCGACCUCGGAUGAGUCUCGGUCUGGAUCUGAUCUCGCACCCCAGGGAGCGUAUCAUGAUCCCCAGGGGGAUGACAGAAUCCGAUCCAAUUAUACCUUGAACGAAGAGCAAGAUGAGAACAGACCUCCUUCACCAUUAGUGCCUUCCCAGGUGUCUGAAGCGCCCAAAUACCGCGGCCACCGUGGAAGUCUCGAGCUGCAGCACCCCCAGCCUCGACAAGGCCCAACCGCACGUUACCAGUCCCGCCUCGAAACCGAGGCCCAGGUCUACGGAGGUCCGGUUUCUCCCACUGGCUCAGAGCAGUGGGAUUCCAACCCCAGCCUGGUCAACCCUUCCCAAAACCGCAACAGCGGUGCCGCGCGCCUGUCCCCGAUCUCCGACGCAGGCUACUCGGAGACCAGUUCCCAAGCAACCCGUACACCAGGUCCACCCCGUCCUCCUAAAAUCCUCGAUUCGGGCCCUCUCAUUCCCGAGCGUCAACCCAAAGUGACGGAUAACGAGGAACCAGCUUACAGUGGCGACCGUGUUGUUUCUAGAAGUUCUGCCGUCUGCUCGCCCCCCACUCGCAAGCCAACUGGCCCGCGUCCCCUUGCAUCUGCCGGCUCCUACAGCCCAGGCAAUAUCAAGCGAACCCGCUACCGAGGCAGUCCCGUGCAAGUCGACUAUGACGAUGAGCAAUAUUGA